AUGUUUCGACUUACACUUGUUAUUUGCAUCCUGGGUAUAGCCUGGGGAAGGAAUAUCAACCCUGGGCGGUCCCAGCCCUUCAGGAAGUUGGAUGCUAACGGCGAUGGACAUAUUUCUAGAUCAGAGAUACAGAACCAUUUACAAUGGAGGGAUGAAGACAGGAACGGACAACUGACAAGAGACGAGUAUGACCGCAGGGUGGAUGCUGAACACCUUGACCCACAGACCAGGACAGUUUUGAGGAAACUUUUUGAUGAUCUUGAUAGAGACAGAAAUGGCGUUCUCAACAGAGGAGACAUCGAUGAGAUCUUUGAUGAGGCUGACUCAGACAGAGAUGAGAGAAUAGAUGAAAAUGAGUAUGACAGAUCUAUCUCAAGACAACAGUCUCGUAAAGAUUCUUCAGGUUUGGGUAGAAUGGUCAAACUUAUGUCGUCUCAGUCGUUCAGACGUUUGGAUGCGAACGGAGAUGAACACAUCUCUAGAUCAGAAGCCAGGGAAAAUCAAAAUGAUGAUGAAAGAAACCGACCCGUGACACAAGAAGAAUAUAACCGUAGGGUCGAUGAGCAACAGCCCGACCACCAGACCAGAAGAAUAUUGAAGCAACUUUUUGAGCACAUGGAUAAAGAUAGAAAUGGUGUUCUGGACAGAAGAGACGCUGAAGCAAACUUUGAUGAGGCGGACACGGACAGAGAUGACCGUCUCUCACAAGACGAGUACGACAGGUUGGUUCAAAACUUUGUUCUUACAUUUGAUUUGGGAUAUCACAGGAUGGUACGACAGGAUGGUACGACAGGUUGGUUCAAAACUUUGUUCUUACAUUUAGUUUGGGAUAUCACAGGAUGGUACGACAGGUUGGUUCAAAACUUUGUUCUUACAUUUGAUUUGGGCUAUCACAGGAUGGUACGACAGACCAGAAGAAUUCUGAAGGAACAUUUCGAUGACCUGGAUAAAGAUAGAAACGGUGUUCUGGAUAGACAAGAUGUUGACGCCAUCUUUGAUCAGGCUGACACUGACAGAGACGGUCGUGUAUCUGACGAAGAGCAAAGAAGAUCUAUUGCCAGACAACUGAAUCGUAUCAGAAUAUUAAAUGUUGUGCGAAAUCAACAACCGUAUUUUCAACAAUCUUCAAGGAACAGGGACGAGAAUCGUGCUAGACAAAUCUUGAAAAAAGAGCUGAAACAGAGACUUCGUAAACAAGAUGACGACAGGAACGGUCAAGUGUCCAGAGAUGAAUAUGAAAGAUGGGUUGAUGCCAGAUAUCCUGACCCUCAAGAUCGAAGAUUCCAGAAGAAUUUUGAUAACUUAGAUAAAGAUAACAAUGGCAUUCUGGACAGUAGGGACAUAGACAGAAUAUUUGGUGAGGCUAGGGAUGCUAGCAGGCAGGAUGAGAGAGACAGGGAUGGGAGCAGGCAGGAUGAGAGAGACAGGGAUGGUAGCAGGCAGGAUGAGAGAGACAGAGAAGGCAGGAUGAGAGAGACAGAGAAGGUAACAGACAGGAUGAGAGAGAAGGUAACAGACAGGAUGAGAGAGACAGAGAUGGGAACAGGCAGGAUGGGAGAGACAGAGAAGGUAACAGGCAGGAUGAGAGAGACAGAGAAGGUAACAGACAGGAUGAGAGAGAAGGUAACAGACAGGAUGAGAGAGACAGAGAUGGGAACAGGCAGGAUGGGAGAGACAGAGAAGGUAACAGGCAGGAUGAGAGAGACAGAGAUGGGAGCAGGCAGGAUGGGAGAGACAGAGAAGGUAACAGACAGGAUGAGAGAGAAGGUAACAGACAGGAUGAGAGAGACAGAGAAGGAUGAGAGAGACAGAGAAGGUAACAGACAGGAUGAGAGAGAAGGUAACAGGCAGGAUGAGAGAGACAGAGAAGGUAACAGGCAGGAUGGGAGAGACAGAGAAGGUAACAGACAGGAUGAGAGAGAAGGUAACAGACAGGAUGAGAGAGACAGAGAAGGUAACAGGCAGGAUGGGAGAGACAGAGAAGGUAACAGACAGGAUGAGAGAGAAGGUAACAGACAGGAUGAGAGAGACAGAGAAGGUAACAGGCAGGAUGGGAGAGACAGAGAAGGUAACAGACAGGAUGAGAGAGAAGGUAACAGACAGGAUGAGAGAGACAGAGAAGGUAACAGACAGGGUGAGAGAGACAGAGAUGGUAACAGGCAGGAUGAGAGAGACAGAGAAGGUAGCAGGCAGGAUGGGAGAGACAGAGAUGGUAGCAGGCAGGAUGGGAGAGACAGAGAUGGUAGCAGGCAGGAUGAGAGAGACAGAGAUGGUAGCAGGCAGGAUGGGAGAGACAGGGAUGGUAGCAGGCAGGAUGAGAGAGACAGAGAAGGCAGGAUGGGAGAGACAGAGAUGGUAGCAGGCAGGAUGAGAGAGACAGAGAUGGUAGCAGGCAGGAUGGGAGAGACAGAGAUGGUAGCAGGCAGGAUGAGAGAGACAGAGAUGGUAACAGACAGGAUGAGAGAGACAGAGAUGGUAGCAGGCAGGAUGGGAGAGACAGAGAUGGUAGCAGGCAGGAUGAGAGAGACAGAGAUGGAUGAGAGAGACAGAGAUGGUAGCAGGCAGGAUGGGAGAGACAGAGAUGGUAGCAGGCAGGAUGGGAGAGACAGAGAUGGUAGCAGGCAGGAUGGGAGAGACAGAGAAGGUAACAGGCAGGAUGAGAGAGACAGGGAUGGUAGCAGACAGGAUGAGAGAGACAGAGAAGGUAACAGACAGGAUGAGAGAGACAGAUAUGGUAACAGGCAGGAUGAGAGAGACAGAGAUGGUAGCAGGCAGGAUGGGAGAGACAGAGAUGGUAGCAGGCAGGAUGGGAGAGACAGAGAUGGUAGCAGGCAGGAUGGGAGAGACAGAGAUGGUAGCAGGCAGGAUGGGAGAGACAGAGAAGGUAACAGGCAGGAUGAGAGAGACAGGGAUGGUAGCAGACAGGAUGAGAGAGACAGAGAAGGUAACAGACAGGAUGAGAGAGACAGAUAUGGUAACAGGCAGGAUGAGAGAGACAGAUAUGGUAACAGGCAGGAUGAGAGAGACAGAGAAGAUAACAGGCAGGAUGAGAGAGACAGAUAUGGUAACAGGCAGGAUGAGAGAGACAGAGAAGGCAGGAUGAGAGAGACAGAGAAGGUAACAGACAGGAUGAGAGAGAAGGUAACAGACAGGAUGAGAGAGACAGAGAUGGGAACAGGCAGGAUGGGAGAGACAGAGAAGGUAACAGGCAGGAUGAGAGAGACAGAGAAGGUAACAGACAGGAUGAGAGAGAAGGUAACAGACAGGAUGAGAGAGACAGAGAUGGGAACAGGCAGGAUGGGAGAGACAGAGAAGGUAACAGGCAGGAUGAGAGAGACAGAGAUGGGAGCAGGCAGGAUGGGAGAGACAGAGAAGGUAACAGACAGGAUGAGAGAGAAGGUAACAGACAGGAUGAGAGAGACAGAGAAGGAUGAGAGAGACAGAGAAGGUAACAGACAGGAUGAGAGAGAAGGUAACAGGCAGGAUGAGAGAGACAGAGAAGGUAACAGGCAGGAUGGGAGAGACAGAGAAGGUAACAGACAGGAUGAGAGAGAAGGUAACAGACAGGAUGAGAGAGACAGAGAAGGUAACAGGCAGGAUGGGAGAGACAGAGAAGGUAACAGACAGGAUGAGAGAGAAGGUAACAGACAGGAUGAGAGAGACAGAGAAGGUAACAGGCAGGAUGGGAGAGACAGAGAAGGUAACAGACAGGAUGAGAGAGAAGGUAACAGACAGGAUGAGAGAGACAGAGAAGGUAACAGACAGGGUGAGAGAGACAGAGAUGGUAACAGGCAGGAUGAGAGAGACAGAGAAGAUUCUAUACCAAAAAAUAUGUUUCGACACGUACUUAUUCUCUUUUUCUUGGGAUGGACCUGGAGAAGAAAUAUUAAACCUGGUAGGUCCCAGUCCUUCAGGAUGUUGGAUGUUAACGGCGACGGACACAUUUCUAGAUCAGAGAUACAGAACCUCCUGUUGGAAAACGACGUAGACAGAAAUUGGCAGGUAACAAUAGACGAAUAUGAGCGGAGGGUCAACACUGAGAACAGAGAUCCAUUGGAGAGAAGUGACUUAAGGAAACUGUUCGGACAACUGGACAGAGAUCAAAACGGUGUUUUAAAUAGCCAGGACAUUGACGCCAUCUUUGAUGAAGCUGACUCAGAUAGAGAUGACCGGAUCAAUCACGACGAAUACCACAAAUCAAUUUCAAGACAGUAUUCACGUCCUCGUUCAUCUAGCCUGAGGGUGUACUUAAAAUCUUUAAUCUCGAGAUCUUUCAAGAAGUUGGAUAGAAACAACGAUGGUCGACUCACUAGAUCUGAGAUCAAGAAUCAGUGGAUUGAGCCAAUCAGCAACAGAGAUGAACAACUGAACAGAGAAGAAUAUAACCGUAGGGUGGAUGAGCAACAGCCCGACCCCCAGACCAGAAGAAUAUUGAAGCAGCUUUUUGAGCACAUGGAUAAAGAUAGAAAUGGUGUUCUGGACAGAAGAGACGCUGAAGCAAACUUUGAUGAGGCGGACACGGACAGAGAUGACCGUCUCUCACAAGACGAGUACGACAGUAACAGUUCAUAUUGUAAAAUUCUGAUUUUAUCAAUUGAGUAA